AAAGCAGAGGGACUCUCGGCUGGAUGAAUCAGUUAAGUGCCCUCUGAUAUCUUGUAAAAUUCAUAUAAAAGAAUUGCGAGAGGUAUAACAAUCCCACCAGAGUUUGGCUGCGCACGUUUAUUGGAGGUAUCUGUUAAAGUUGUUCAUGUGAGGUGUACUAGAGGAGAUUAUGUGAAAUAUACCCUCUUAAAGUAACCUUGUAGAAUGUCGUCCCCUUUUACAGAGCCGGUGGCUUCAACCUGCUUGACCCCGUUACUGUAAAUAUGAGUAGAGUGCGGCAAUGAGCAUCAGUCUUUUCUUAAAACAAGCUUGUAAACUUGGGACAUCACAGCUUUAUGUGACGUGGAAUUCAACAAUAAUUUGCUAGAAAACAAGAUGUCGUAUGUGCGCCCCUCUCCUUCUAGAAAAACAGUUUUCAUAAGAAAUGGUAUUUAAAAAAAACUUUAGCCAGCUUAUAAAGAUAUUAAACGAGACCAUGGACAGUUCCACGAGUGUAAAAGGAGAAGCAGCUCGGGCUCCUUUUGGACUAAGCACUCCUCAAGUGGAGGAAAACAAGAUUCUAUAUUUUUAAUAAAAAGGUUUAUGGUAUUUUUAAAAAGCGUAUAAACCUCUGUUAUACAGAAGUUAAUGUUUUGUUUUGUUUUGUAUGAGACGGACCAAGUGGGUGGUACCAUGUGUAACACAAGUUAGCCUGGCCACGUGGUUCGAGGGGGACCAAUCAGGAGCCCCUCCAGGUUUAACUAUGUUAAAUGUCAGAUUGCAAUAAACUAGAAGCUGUUGGUCGGGCCCGCGGAAAUGGGCGAGCAUAAUCUCCUUAAUCCAGGGUUUGUGGGACCUUUGGUUAACAUCCACACUGGAGACACCUUUUACUUUCCGAAUUUUAGAGCCUCAGGGGGACAACUGGCGGGGCUACCGUCUCUCUCCUACCCGAGAAGGGACAAUGUUUGCUCCCUCCCGUGGAAUCCUUCGGAGCCGUGCAAUGGAUACUCUCAAUCCUACUUUAGCAGCCCCGUGUCUAUUAACCCCUCUUUCAAUCGGUCGUGUGAGAUCAGCAGACCAGAAGAAGGCAAAUGUUACUACAACAACGGCAACGGGAACAGGGAGACCUGCUCAGGUGGCAGCAGCCUCAAACGAGAGGACAGGGCGAGAGACACAUCAUCCCUAACAUCUGACCACGGGAUGCACAGUGGAAUUGGCAGCACCGCCGCCUUCUCCAAGUACGAUUACGGGACCGAGCAGCUAACGCAAGACCCGCCGUCCUGUCAGUCGAUGGAGUCGGACUCCAGCUCCUCUCUGCUCAACGAGGGCAGCAAGCCUCCAUCCAGCGACACACAGACCCUGGUGUCACCGGGAAGCCAUUCAAGCAACAUAGCCGCAGGCGGAGGUGCCCCGUGGUACCCGAUGCACACUCGGACCAGAAAGAAGCGCAAACCGUACUCCAAACUUCAGCUGGCCGAGCUGGAAGGUGAAUUCAUGCUGAAUGAGUUCAUCACCAGGCAGCGGCGGAGGGAGCUCUCCGACCGGCUGAACCUCAGCGACCAACAGGUCAAGAUCUGGUUCCAGAACCGCAGGAUGAAGAAGAAGAGACUCAUGCUGAGGGAGCAAGCCUUGGCCUACUUUUAGAGAUGCGGCAGAAGGUGAAUCGAUAGGCAGUAAAAAGCCAAAACCUUCUACGCUCCCUUAGGUCUUAUUUCAAUGCAUGCACUCGUCAAUCCAAUUUUCAAAUUGCAGGCAAUUCCGACAACAUUUUCAGAUUUUUUUUGUUGUUGUUCUUUCUUAAAAGGUGCGGGCUGCACAAGCACCC